CCUAGUUACGGCGCAGGGUGUUGCCCCCCAGUCCGUGGUACCUGAUGCAAGUAGGAGCGUGUCCGACGCCACCAUGCUCGAGGUAGACGCCGGGGUGAAGAGCGGACAGGGUGUUGCCCCCCAGUCCGUGGUACCCAUUGCAAGUAGGGGCAUGCCCGACGCCACCAUGCCCGAGGUAGACGUCGGGGUGAAGAGCGGGGUUCCCCCACGUCAUGGGGAACAAGCCGAGGUUGCUGGUAUGCGGGGCAGGCUCGCUGCUCUGGCCGCAGAGGAGGACGCCAGGUUCCGGCCUUCGAGGACUGAAGUCAUUCCCUUCAUCGUGGAAAAACAACACGGGGCCCCUCUUGUUAACCAGCCAGCUCCUACCCUCAGUGCUUCAUCGAUUUUGGAUAUGGCGCGCUCUAUCAAAUCUUACAGCGCGGGGCUAAUGGACACAGCCGUCGCGCUUCAAACAAUAGGUCGUCGUCGCGAUGAGCUCCAGCACCAGGCUGACGAGGCUCACCAUCACUCGGUUGCCGUUCAACGUCGGGCGGACGAAGCAACAGCUGCUCUGUCCGAGCUCCAGUCAAAAUAUGACUUCCUACAAUCGAAGUAUGAUCGACUGCAAGCAUCGUUCACGGAUGCGGGGCGUCAGGCAGUUGCGGCAUUUCAAACAUCCCCGGAAUUUUCAAAAAUCAUCGCUUCGAAGCUGGAGGCUCACCGCUCAGAGCAGGUCCAAGCAUGGUUGAAAACCGAGGAGGGUCAACUUUGGCGGGAUAAGGAAAUUCUCAUGUCCUUCAGGUGUGGCCGAUACGACAUGCAGACCACGUUGUACAAUAGGCUGGCAGAGUUCUUUCCCGACUUCGAUCCCGAAAAAUUUGGUUUGCCCGAAAUCAUGCCAGAUCCUGACGGGGCCAACGAGCAAGCGAACGAUUUGUCCCUUUUGCACUUGGAUAUUCCAGAUGACUUGGAAGAUGCCGUUCAUGGCUUUGAUUUUGAGACUAUCCUCAAUGGUGUUCCUGAGAACAUGCCUGAUCCUUAGAUCGUAGAUAUGGAUCCGUUAUAUUGUCGUCUUUAUUCUCAUUUUUGUUGGACAUUCCGCUUUACAUUCCGCACUUGUGUUUUUAUUUAUUCUCAC